AUGGAGCGCCAGGACGCUUUCGUGGACUCCGCGGUGCUGGACUUCGUGGCCGAUCUCUCCCUGGUGUCCCCUGGAGGCCCUCUUCUCUAUGACCUUACCCCCGGAGGCUCUCUUGGGGAGCGGGCCCUGGCCCUCGGAGGGGGCAUGGCCCGGGGCUCUCAGCCCUUCGAGGAAGAGGACGAAGGGGAAGAGGAGGAUGAAGAAGACGAAGAGGAGGAGGGGGAGGGAGAUGGAGGCGAGGAAUUGGAGCCUCUACGGGGUGCCUCACUGAUUCUGGGCCGCCCCAAAAGAAAGAGAGUGAUAACCUUAGCCCAGCGACAGGCGGCCAACAUCCGGGAGAGGAAGAGGAUGCUGAACCUCAACGAAGCCUUCGACCAGCUAAGGAAGAAGGUGCCCACCUUCGCCUACGAGAAGCGCCUGUCGCGGAUCGAGACGUUGCGCCUGGCUAUUGUGUACAUCUCCUUCAUGACAGAGCUGCUGGCCGGCUGCGAGAAACAGGAGGCGAACCAGGGAGCCCGGCCUUAG